AUGCCAUCUGAAAAGCCGGCCAAGGCGCCAGCCAAGGCGCCGACCCUUCUGGGACCUGGCGGCGAUCUCUAUUAUAAGCUGUAUUCAGUCAGCAUGCUAAACGUCUACGACGCCAUGAUACUUGGCCUUUCCAUAGAUCCCGCCGCGCGCGGAUUCCAUGCCUCUCAAACGCGGGAUUCGAAGGCACCGCAGCGUGUGGCUCUCUUGGAUCUGAACCCCACGGCGCUGAGGAAGACGAAGAGGCGGGUGGAAGUUCAGGGCGCCUCGAGAGGACUAGCCCCCGUGCUCACCGUCCGGGCGGACGCCAUAGUCCCCGUGCCAGUGAAUGCCCCGGCCCUCACGGCCAAGUUCGACUCCGUGUCUGCCUUCCUGCUCCUCCACUGCAUUCCUGCCCCGACGCCCGUUAAAGCCGCGGGCCUCGUUGCUAACGCCCGGCGCCUCCUCAACCCGGACGGGGUCUUCGUCGGCUGCACCGUGCUCGGUCGCAUUACCCGCACCACCUCGACGCCCGCCGACAUCAUCGACUGGCUGCCUCGAAGAAAGCAUGGGAAAACGGUAGUAGACUUUGGGCCCGCGCGAGAGGCACAGAUGGCAUUCCGGGAGGGCCUUCUAGGGCGCUUCCUCAUCUCGGCAUAUGGGCUUGUCGGCAUAUUCGCCAAUGCUGAGGACGGACCUGACGAGAUUGUCGAUGCGCUCGAAAGAGAGUUUGAGGUGGUAGACACCUGGAUCAUUGGGAGGAUGAUGCUGUUCCGAGGGAGAAAGCCAAAGGCUGAUUGA